AUGCGUAUCACCGUUAACGUCAUCCACCCAGAGCAGGCGGACUCGGACAUCAUCAACCUAGAAGUGGGCGGCGAUAUGUCAAUCGAGCUCCUCAAAGCCAUUGUCGAAAGUGAAACUACUAUCCCACCCGAAGCCCAACAGCUUGUCUACAACAACCAGCUCCUCCAGAACCCUACCCUAACCCUAGACCAAGCCGGCAUCACUGAGGGCGAUAUGCUCGGUGUGCACGUCACCCUCCGAGCUCCCCAACCCCAAGCCACUCGCCCCAUCGCUUCCAGCUCCGUCGCACCCAGGCAGAAUAUUCAACCCCGCCCCGGCAUGCCGGACCCCGAAACUAUUCGUUUACAUAUUUUGGGUGAUCCCCGCGUCCGCGAGGCCGUGCGCAGGCAGAACCCGGAACUGUCUGAAGCUGCGGAUGAUGCUCAGCGCUUCCGUGAGGUCCUGCUUAGGCAGCAACAGGGUGAGGCGCAGCGAGAGGCGGAAAAGGAAGCUCGCAUUGCGAUGCUGAAUGCCGAUCCGUUUAACCACGAUAACCAGAAGGAAAUCGAGGAGAUUAUUCGCCAGAAUGCUGUUACGGAAAAUCUACAUAAUGCCAUGGAGCAUCAUCCUGAGUCCUUCGGUCGCGUGACAAUGCUCUACAUCCCCGUCGAAGUGAACGGUCACCGCCUUAACGCCUUUGUCGACUCCGGUGCUCAAGUGACCAUUAUGUCACCCGAAUGUGCAACAUCGUGUAACAUAAUGCGUCUGGUAGAUCGUCGCUACGGCGGUAUCGCCAAGGGCGUCGGGACCGCCCCGAUCCUGGGCCGGGUGCACUCCGCCCAGAUCAAGAUCGGCGAGAUGUUCCUGCCCUGCUCCUUUACCGUAAUGGAAGGCAAGCAGAUCGACCUGCUUCUGGGAUUGGACAUGCUGCGCCGCCACCAGGCCUGCAUCGAUCUCCGGCGCGGUGCACUCGUCAUUCAGGACCAGGCUGUCCCCUUCCUCGGUGAGGGCGAUAUCCCCAAGCACUUGACCGAGGAAUUCGAAGCCGAGCCUACGGUCAAGGGCGCCGACGGUGCCGAAGUGGGUGCCCGCACCGGCGCGGUCACGCAUAAAGCGGAAAACAAUCCCAAUGCCAAUGCCACUCCCAAGAUUUCAUCUGCGUCCGGGUCACAGCCCAGAAUCAAUAUCCGGCCUGCGCCCACUUCGCGGUGGCCGCAAGACUCCAUUGCCAGGAUUACAGAGCUGGGAUUCUCACGCGAUGAAGCCGUCCGCGCUUUGGACAUGGCACAUGGAGACUUGGAAGGGGCGAUCGGAUUUUUGAUUUGA